ACAGAUAAAAAUAUCUUUUGGAAUUAACCAAAAUAUUAAAGUAUAAUCCGACUUUCUGACUUCUGAGAUACAACCUUUAAUUUUUGCUUAUACCCUGACUGGCUGACUCUUUGUUAUACAACAAGUUAUAUAUUAUUUACUAUUAAGGAUUGGAUUUUUAUUUAAUAAUAGUCUCUGAAAUGAAAUCUCAGACAGAAUAUAAACUAGCAUCCCCUCCUGAAGGUGCAAUUUCAGCAGUGAAAUUUGGUCCCAACACCAGUCAAUUUCUUUUAGUAAGCUCAUGGGAUAAUUAUGUCAGGCUUUAUGAUGUAACGGCUAAUAGUUUAAGACAAAAAUAUUCACAUGACUCCCCUGUCUUAGACUGUUGUUUUACUGACGCAGUACAUGCAUACAGUGGAGGAUUAGAUAACACUUUGAAAUCCUUUGAUUUCAAUACAACAGCUGAAAGCAUUAUUGGUUCACAUAAUAAUGCUAUAAAAUGUGUUGAUUAUUGUUCUGAUGUCAAUGUUGUGCUUAGUGGUAGUUGGGACCACCAUGUUAAGUUGUGGGAUCCCAGAACUCCAAUGUGUAGUGGCAGUUACAACCAAGGAGAUAAAGUAUUUACUAUGAGUGUAUGUGGAGAAAAAUUAGUAGUUGGCACAGCUGGAAGAAAAAUUCUUGUUUGGGAUAUUCGCAAUAUGUCUUACACCCUUCAAAAAAGAGAAUCUAAUUUGAAAUACCAAACUAGGUCGAUCAGAUGUUUCCCAAAUAAACAAGGAUUUGUAUUGAGUAGUAUAGAGGGUCGUGUUGCUGUAGAAUAUUUAGAUACAAACCCAGAAAUUCAAAAGAAAAAAUAUGCUUUUAAGUGCCACAGAAUCAAAGAAGAUGGGACAGAAAAGAUAUAUCCAGUAAAUGCCAUUAGUUUUCAUCCUAUGUAUAACACAUUUGCAACUGGAGGCUCAGAUGGUUACGUUAAUAUAUGGGAUGGUUUCAAUAAGAAACGAUUAUGCCAAUUCCAUCAGUAUCAUACAUCAGUUACUUCUCUCAGUUUUAGUCAUAACGGAGAUGUUCUCGCCAUUGCCUGCUCAUACUUUCUGGAAGAAGAUAAUCCUCCUAAGCCUUAUCCUGAAGAUGUUAUCCAUAUACGAUCUGUCAGUGACCAAGAAGCAAGACCUAAGUUCACGAGUUCUGGCAAUUAAUUACUCAUGUUCAUUUUAAACUGCAUUUUUUAUAUUAAAAAAAUUUCUAAGUUAGAUAUUGUUUGCAAUUGCAUAUCUCUUAUAUAUUUUUAGUUGUGAAUCACCCAUAUAUCAAUGUAAAAUUUCUUUAUACCCAACAGCUAUUGGUAAAUUAAUUGUCAAAUGGGUUAUUUAUAACUUUUCAUUAUGUUCCAUCGUCCUAGAAUCUACAAAAAUAAAAUUAUGUGGAAUA